UGCCUCUUCCUCCCUUCACAACUACAUCCUCCAGUUCACACCCUGAGUCAACACUCGGGUCAGACUCUGAAUGAGCAGGUCGCAGGAAGGAGCGGAGCGCAUUUCCUUAUUUAGAGAGUCUGCGCGCCGCGUCACCGCCGAGUGUCGACGCCGCAGCCGCAACUUUAACAAGUGCGGUGGCUUCAUCUACUCACCUCACACACACUCACUCACACACACACAUGGAGUAAAAGACGAUGGAGCUCAUCUGGAGGAACAUCUGCUUCGUCCUCACACUCCUCUCUGACAGCGUCUGGCAGUCACAGUCCUUCAACGUCGGCACCGCGGGCGCCAAGAUCUUCAGUGGUCCAGCGGCGGAGGAGUUCGGCUACACAGUCCUGCAGACGACCAACCAUGAAGGCAAAUGGCUCCUGGUCGGCGCUCCGUGGGGUGGUUACAAGCGAAACACCAAGGGGGAUGUUUACAAGUGUCCAGUCGCAGGGGCCAGGAACAGCUGCGACAAGCUCAAUCUUCAAGAUUCUGUCAGUAUUCCAGAUGUCAGAAACCUCAACGACAACAUGCACCUGGGUUUGACUCUCACCCGGAUGCCUGCAGUCAAUGGUUUGAUGACGUGCGGUCCUCUGUGGGGACAGGUGUGUGGCAAUCAGAACUUCUACCCUGGAAUAUGUGCAAAAAUGAAUCCCCUCUUCAAGCCUCAGCCGGCCUUCUCUCCCGCCGUCCAGACAUGUGGAGGACCUAUGGACAUUGUGAUUGUUCUAGACGGCUCCAACAGCAUUUAUCCUUGGCAACCAAUGAACGAUUUCCUCCAGAAACUAAUCCCCACGCUGGACAUCGGGCCCCGAAGCACACAGGUCAGUGUCAUUCAGUAUGGCGUUAAUGCCCGGUUUGAAUUCAAACUGAACGACUAUAAAACCAAAGAAGAUGUGCUGAAAGCAGCGUCCGGAAUCACACAGAUGUACGGUGGGUCAACCAAUACCUUCCACGCCAUCGAGUUCGCCAAUCAGUGGGGUUUCAAUCAAAAGCAUGGAGCUCGACCGGGCGCUGCCAAGGUGAUGGUGGUCGUCACUGAUGGAGAGUCUCAUGACAAACAUUUCAGGGACACGGUCAUUGGAGAAUGUGAUAAAGCAGGCAUCACCCGCUUUGGUAUCGCUGUCCUGGGUUAUUAUAUUAGAAACGACAUCAACACAGAGAACCUGAUAACAGAAAUCAAAUCCAUCGCCAGUUUACCCACAGAGAAGUUCUUCUUCAAUGUGUCCGAGGAGGCGGCUCUCUCCACCAUCACCGGAACACUGGGGAACCGCAUCUUCAACAUAGAAGGCACCGGAAAAGGGGGAGACAACUUCAAAAUGGAGAUGUCCCAGGUUGGAUUCAGCGCCCACUACUCCAGCCAGCAGGACGUGAUGAUGCUGGGAGCAGUGGGAGCUUACGCCUGGAGCGGGACUGUUGUCCAUCAAAAAGGAUCCAAAGUCGACAUUCUCCCUUUCUCAGCCUUUGAGGCGGCCCUUCAAGACAGAAACCACAGCUCACUACUGGGUUACUCUGUCACCACACUGACCGAUGGCUCCGCUCUGUACUUUGUGGCCGGGGCUCCUCGCUCCAACCACUCUGGACAAGUUAUCGUCUACACCGUCAACGCUCAGAAGCAAACCGCUAUCAUCGAUUCAGAAAGAGGGAAACAGAUCGGGUCCUACUUUGGGAGCGUCUUGUGCUCCCUGGACGUGGACAAAGACGGGACGACGGACAUCUUACUGGUGGGGGCGCCCAUGUUCAUGAGCGAGCUGAACAGAGAAGAGGGCAGGGUCUAUGUCUUCUCUGUCACCAAGGGUAUUCUGAACGAGCAGGGAUUCCUCAAUGGUCCUGACCCGACUGAAAAUGCACGUUUCGGGAUGGCCAUCUCCGUCAUUCCCGACCUGGACCUCGACGGUUUCAACGACGUCGUUGUUGGAUCGCCACUAGAGGACAGACAGAAAGGUGUCAUUUACAUCUACAAUGGAGACAAGAAGACAUUAAACAAAGACUUCUCACAGAGAAUCUUUGGCUCCAAACUGGAUCCUCAACUGCGUUUUUUUGGAAGGUCCCUCGAUAGCUUCCAAGAUCUGAAUGGUGAUUCGCUCCCAGACAUCUCAAUCGGUGCCUAUGGAAAAGUGGUGCAGCUCUGGUCCCGAGGUGUGGCGUCGGUCUCAACUAAAGCUUCUUUCAACCCCGAUAAAAUCAACAUUUUCCACAAACCCUGUAACGUACACGGGCGCAAGCAUUCGUGUUUCAAGGCCAACCUCUGCUUCAGUGCUGCGUUCAGGCCGAAGAAUCCUGUUGGACCCAUCGACAUAUCUUACACCUUGACUCUGGACGCGGACCUACAAGCUUCACGAGUGACGUCAAGAGGAAUGUUCACAAAAAACAAUGAACGCUUCCUCACAGAAAACGCAAAGAUAUCGUCUACCCCCCUCUGCCGAGACUACGAGGUUUACGUUCAGGAGACACCAGACUUCGUCAAUUCCCUCAGUUUAAAGGUGGAAAUCGAGCAGAAGAAUCCGGAUGUGAAUCCCGUCCUGGAUAAGUUUUCUCCCAGUGCCUCGCAGUUCUUUAUCCCCUUCACUAAAGACUGUGGCUCUGAUGAUGUGUGCAUCAGUGAUCUGGUGCUGAGUGUGACCACAGACUCUAAGAAGUCCAGCUCAGCUCCCAUCCUGGUCAGUGCCAACAACCGAGAGCUGUCGUUUGAAGUUGUUGUGAGGAACAAAAAGGAGAACGCGUACAACACUCGGGUGUCGGCCACGUUCUCCAGCAACCUCUACUACUCCUCCGUCGUUCCUCCUACGGACAGUGUCAAAUGCACCUCGACACAAACACAAACUGUCACUUGUCUAGUGGGAUAUCCAGCAUUGAAGACAAAUGAAGAGGUGAAAUUUCAGCUAAAUUUUGAAUACAGUCUCGAUCAAAUGCAAAACCAAGCUGAGGUGAAUUUCGAGGCUAAGAGCGACGGUAAAGAGGAAAGACCUGCAGACAACAAGGUGGACAUAUCCAUUCCUGUCCGAUAUGAUGCAGGGAUUGUUUUAUCCAGGCAGUCAAACAUCAACUUUUACGUGGCGAAUGCGACCAACGCGCCUGUGACUACGGUGAAAACUCUGGAUGACAUCGGCCCAGAGUUUAACUUUACAGUGAAGGUCUCAACAGGGAACUUUGCGGUGAACCUCCUGUAUCUGACCAUUGGUCUGCCCAUGAUGACUAAAGGUGGAAAUAAUCUCCUCUACGUCACCAAAGUGGUCACACAAACAGGAGGUUCUGUCAGCUGUGAUUCCAGCAGCCUGGUUGAUCGUCUGAAGAUCGGUGGGAAAACACAAAAAGUGACUUUCUCCGAGGAGAGCCUCCGAGGCAUGGACGUGCUGGAUUGCAAAACUGCAAAAUGUGAGUAUAUCAAAUGCAACCUCAAAGACACUGACGUAAAGAGCGACUACUUUGUGAUGGUGAAAACCAGGAUCUGGAGCGGCACGUUUAAUCUGGCCACCUAUCAGACCAUCGAGCUCACCUCCAGUGUGGCUCUGGAAGCCUCCAACCCCGACCUGGUCAUUAUCGGACUCAAAGAGCUGCCAGUGGUGCUGACCAUCAGUAAACCAGGGGAGACGGCUGAUGUUCCGGUGGGAGUGAUCGUCGGCAGCGCUAUAGGCGGACUGGCGCUGCUGGCUCUGGCAGUAGGAUUACUGUGGAAGUUUGGGUUUUUCAAAAGAAAGUACAAGCAGCUGCAGAUGGAGGCCGAUGAAGACGGACAGAGUCAUGCACAUGUCAAUGAGGUGCUGUGAGCUGGAGAGAAAACCCACAGCCUUCUCCCUCCACUGGUUUGUUUCCAGUGUGGAUACUGGUACUUCUCACUGGUUCUUGUAAAGUGCAAAUGGACUAAAGCUCAGUCACUGGAAAUUGGACAUUGGAAUGAAAUGGAAGCUUGUUCAGUUUGUGAAUAACUGAGAUCAAACUCUUUUUGCUUUAAGGACUGCACAUUGACUAUUUGCUGCUAUGCACUGACUUUGAACAAAUAUAAAAGCUGUAUUUUUUUUCCCAACACGACAAAACUUAGGCUCUUAGACGUCAGGCAUUCAUGGAUGUAAAUGUUGCCAUCUCGAGUUUUACACUGUAACUGCAUCUGAUUUAUACAUCCUUAGCUAUGACAAACUCUGGGCAACACGAUUGACAAGUAAAAGUUUCUGUCAGAAAAACUUCACGAUCAUUCGUCAAAACACUGACCCUUUAAACACUGACCCUUUAAACACACACACACACACACACACACACACACACACACACACACACACACACACACACACACACACACACACACACACACACACACACACACACACACACUGUACAACUGUAGCAUUAACUUACUUCUGACACUCAGGACUUUUCUUAAAACAGUUGAUAUCGAUAGUUCAAAUCCUGAAAAAGUGAAACGUGUCAUUACUGUUCCUUUAUGAUUGUCUUGUAUAUACUGUGAGAUAAAAUGAUGAUCUUUCUUGGAGAGUUUUACAUAUGAAAAUAUUAGAGGCAAUGUGGGUACAUGGAAUAGUUUCUUCUGUUGUUGUUAUUGUGAACCGGUGAUGUUUUUUAUUGUAAUGUUUAGGGCUUCACUCCACCUCUAUUUUCAUAAUUGUAAAUUAGCUGAUUGUUUUUCAAAAUUAAUGGUUUUUGCCUAUUAAAUUUCAGAGAACUGUUUUUAAAAAUG